CGGCGAGGGAUGAGAGAUUGUGCUGCGCGUCUGUAGACGGGGUAAGACUAAAUCGCCUCGUUCUCGUCUUUGUCCUGUGCGAUGCUCGGCGGAUUCUUCAUUUACAUAGAAUAGGCUUGCGUCUGCCUGCCUGCCUGCCGUGCGCGCGUGUCUCUCCGUGUGAGUCUCCUUCCUGCGCGUGUGCGUUCUUUUUUUAAAUCGUCAUUGGGAGACCGCAUCUAUUACAGAGACACACACACACAGAGAGAGAGAAGAGACGGCACGCACACACGGAGAAGAGAGGCAGAGAGAGAGAGAGAGAGGAAACAGGAGAGAGAGAAAUAGGGACACGAGUAGAGGCGGAGAAGCGGUUAAGGGUGGUGAUGAUGAUGAUGGGAGAGACGAGUGGAUAGACGAGAGAGCGGCGACGUUGCAACACAGACGCAUCGAGACCAGAGCGAGCGGCAGACGCGCACGUCCAGGCGAGAGACACAGACGCACAUGCACACACACAGAGAGAGAGAAGACACGGACACACACAGACGGACAAGACAGAGAAGACAACACGGAGAGAGGAGCGAGAGACAUCCUCGGGACGCAACAACGAGCGGAGAGACCAGCCGUCAAUCCCCAGCCAGACACGCGGUCAGCGCAGCACCAACGCAGCAUCGCUCAUCAACCCCCUGGCGAGACAUUCUCUAUCCACUGCUGGAGCCCAUCUGCAGUGGAGAGGAGGGGGGACGAGGAGGAAGAGACCAAGCACCGGGAGUCGGACCGAGAGGACGUGGGCCAGCGGACGCGAACGUCGCGGGAGACGAUUUGAACGAUGAGGUGCCAUCCACGGCGCUUCUUCCCCCGUGAGUGAAUUCAGCGCCCCACCGCUCUGUACAUUUAGAGACCGAACAUCAACGAGGGGGCCUCCGGCGGGCCAUUCGAGACCCACCCCUCGUCUCGCCGAAGGCAGCUCUCGUCGGGUUCGCCCGUUAAUUACAGAGAGCGCCGUGGUGAUAUUCAUUCUCGCUUGUGCCGUCGUUCGCCGUCCCACACUGCUCAUUUAAAUCCCCCCACGGCGCCCGUAACCUCGACCCACCGCCUCUUCGUCGUGCCACCGGUCGCGUCUUCUCAACCUCGCUGACAUCGCGACGCGGGCGCGAAGGAGGAUGGCGGUGGAGAGGAUUUGGCUGAACGUCAUCCCGUUGACAGUCAUCGAGGAGGGGAUGCACCGUCGGCCCUGAGGUCCACAUCAACGUUGCUGCGAGCGGGGGGGUGGGAGGUGAGGUCCAGGCGAUCCGAGGGAGCAAUUCGCUCCCGUCUCAUCCACUCCAGUCUCAACGCGCGUCCUGUCGAUCCGUCCCGUUCAGGAUCAGAGGGCGGCUGCGUGCAAUUUGUUGUUUUGUUUCAAGGCCGGCGGUGGUCGUGACGAACACCAAUCCGCCGGUGGCGCACAGAUUCGUUUGAGGUCGUGUCGAUUGGUGGUGGUGGUGGGCGAGCCGGCGGGCGGGUGGCGUGAAGUUUGCCUUGGGGGAUCGGUGGACAAAGUGGACACGAUCUAGGGUGGCAUCCAUGGCUUUACGGCCGGUGGCGGUCUGAGGUCCCGGGGGGGUUGUGUGUGUGGGUGGGGGGGUUUGCGAUGCAAGCACGUUCAGCACCAUGUCCCGCCCUAACAGUGUGAGUCCUCCGAGCACCGCGCACGCUCCGCACGCAGCCACCUCCUCCUCCACCCCUCGGCCUCCUCCUCCCCAAGAGCAGAGCACCCGACGCGCCUGGCCCGAAGAGGAGAAGAACGGCAUCGCCGUCAUGGACACCAAGUACAACGGCAUCGACCACGCCAGGCUGGAGCACAAGAAGAGCCGCUGGCGACGCGGUGGCGGCGCGGCGGUGGUAGGUGGCACGUCCUCCCAUCACCACCACCAUCACCACCACAACCAGCAGCAGCAGCAGAGGUCCGUGCGCUCCAAGCCGGCGUGGCAGGACGAGCCGGGCCGCGGGAGGCACGGCGUGCGGCCAAAGUCCGUGGAGCUGGGCCUGGAGGAGCGAGGAGACGACGCUCGCGGCGGCGCCGUGCUGGGUGACAUGGACGCUCUCGACGUGGCCUCGUUGGACAACGCGAGGCCCGGGGACGGCACCAGCUGCUGGGCGAGCGUCCUGCAGGUGUUCCGCUCCAAGAAGUUCCAGCCCGAGAAGCUGGAGCGCCUCUACCAAAGGUACUUCUUCCGGCUCAACCAGAGCAGCCUGACCAUGCUGAUGGGGCUGCUGGUCCUCGUGUGCAGCGUCAUGCUCACCUUCCACUGCCUGGCGGGCCAGUACGACCUGGCCUACGUGCUGGUGCUCGCGAUCUCAAUCGGCGCCUUCCUGCUGCUCAUGGUCCUCUGCAACCGGAACGGCUUCCACCAGGACCACAUGUGGCUCGUGUGCUACACGGUGAUCCUCGCCAUCGGAGUCAUCGAGGCCAUGUCGGUGGUGAGCGUGAGCCCGCGCAGCGCGUCCGACGGCAUCUGGUGGACCGUGUUCUUCGUGUACAUGAUCUACACGCUGCUGCCCGUGCGCAUGAGGGCGGCCGUCAUUAGCGGCAUCGCGCUGUCCACGGCGCACAUGGUCAUCUCGUGGAAGAAGAACAGCCACGACGUGUACCUGUGGAAGCAGCUGGUCGCCAAUGCGCUUGUCUUCGUGUGCACCAACAUGGCGGGCGUGUGCACGCACUACCCCACGGAGGUGGCCCAGCGACAAGCCUUCCACGAGACGCGCGAGUGCAUCAAGGCCCGGCUGCGCACGCAGAAGGAGAACCAGCAGCAGGAGCGGCUGCUGCUGUCCGUGCUGCCCCGCCACGUGGCCAUGGAGAUGAAGGCCGACAUCAACGCCAAGAAGGAGGACAUGAUGUUCCACAAGAUCUACAUCCAGAAGCACGACAACGUCAGCAUCCUCUUCGCAGACAUUGAGGGCUUCACGAGCCUGGCGUCUCAGUGCACGGCCCAGGAGCUCGUCAUGACACUCAACGAACUGUUUGCGCGCUUCGACAAACUUGCCGCGGAAAACCACUGCCUGAGGAUCAAGAUCCUGGGUGACUGCUACUACUGCGUGUCGGGGCUGCCAGAGGCACGCGCAGACCACGCGCACUGCUGUGUUGAGAUGGGAGUGGACAUGAUCGAGGCCAUCUCGCUCGUGCGAGAGGUGACGGGCGUCAACGUGAACAUGCGAGUCGGCAUCCACAGCGGACGCGUCCACUGCGGGGUCCUCGGACUCAUCAAGUGGCAGUUUGACGUCUGGUCCAACGACGUCACCCUGGCCAACCACAUGGAGGCCGGGGGCAAGGCCGGGCGGAUCCACAUCACCAAGGCCACGCUGCGGUACCUGAACGGGGACUACGAGGUGGAGGCUGGGCACGGUGGCGAGCGCAACGCCUACCUGAAGACGCACAGCAUUGAGACCUUCCUCAUCGUGGGCUGCAGCCAGAAGAGAAAGGAGGAGAAGGCGAUGAUCGCGAAGAUGAACCGGGCGAGGACCAACUCCCUGGGGAACAUGGGCUCUCCGUGGGGCCCGGAGCGUCCCUUCUUCAUGUCCAACCACGUCUCCAAGGAGAUGAAGACCAUGGGGUUUGUGGACAACAUGGGGAACACCAAGAGCAUCAUGCCGGAAGCCCUGAGCCCCGACGACGAGGUGAACGAGUUCCUGGGCCGAGCCAUCGACGCGCGCAGCAUCGACCGCCUGCGAUCGGAGCACGUGAAGAAGAUCUUACUCACGUUCCGCAAGCCGGAGCUCGAGGAGAAGUACUCGCAGGAGGUGGACGACAGGUUCGGCUCCUACGUGGGCUGCGCCUUCAUCGUCUUCCUCUUCAUCUGCUUCGUGCAGAUCACCGCCACCCCCCAUUCAGUGCUCAUGCUGGGCUUCUAUUUGACGUGCUUCGUGGUGCUGGUGUCGGCGCUGUUCGUGUCCGGGAUCUACGCCUGCAUCAAGGUGUUCCCGGUUCACCUGCAGCGGCUGUCCAUCACGAUCGUGCAGUCGCGGACCAACAGCAGCAUCGUGGGCGUGCUCACGCUGCUGCUCGUCUUCCUCUCCGCGUUCAUCAACAUGUUCGUGUGCAGCCGCGUGGACGUGCGCGAGUGUGUGGCGAGCGACCUGAACGUGUCCUCGUCCCUCAUCGACGUUUGCCUCCUGCGCUCGCUCAACCUCUCGCUGGGCCAGGAGGCGCACGUGUGCAGCUCCUUGCAUCCGCACUGCAGCUUCCCUGAGUACUUCUCGGACUGCGUGCUGCUGUCGCUGCUCGCCUGCGCGGGCUUCCUGCAGAUCAGCAGCGUGGGGAAGCUGGGCCUCAUGCUGGCCAUGGAGCUCGUGUUCGUGCUGCUCAUCGAGAUCCCUCAGGCGACGCUCUUCGACAACUACGACCUCCUGGCGCACGCCAACGCGCUAACGUUGGCCCAGAACUCCACAAGCACCUGCUCGGACACGCCGGUGCGGAUCCCGCUGCGCGUGGCCACGCCUGUGGUGCUCACGCUCUUCGUGCUGGCGCUCUACCUGCAUGCGCAGCAGGUGGAGUCGACGGCGCGCCUCGACUUCCUCUGGAAGCUGCAGGCGACGGAGGAGAAGGAGGAGAUGGAGGAGCUGCAGGCCUACAACCUGCGCCUGCUGCGCAACAUCCUGCCCAGCGACGUGGCGAAGCACUUCCUGGCUCGCGAACGGCGCAACGACGAGCUGUACUACCAGUCGUGCGAGAGCGUCGCCGUGAUGUUCGCCUCCAUCAGCAACUUCUCCGAGUUCUACAUCGAGCUCGAGGCCAACAACGAGGGCGUCGAAUGCCUUCGGCUGCUUAAUGAGAUCAUCGCCGAUUUCGACGAGAUAAUCAGCGAGGAUAACUUUAAGCAGCUGGAGAAGAUCAAGACGAUCGGAAGCACGUACAUGGCGGCGUCGGGGCUGAACGACGCCACCUACGACCGCCAGGGCCGCUCGCACAUCACGGCGCUCGCCGACUACGCCAUGCGGCUCAUGGAGCAGAUGAAGCACAUCAACGAGCACUCCUUCAACACGUUCAAGAUGAAGAUCGGCCUGAACGUAGGCCCUGUGGUUGCCGGGGUGAUCGGCGCCCGGAAGCCGCAGUACGACAUCUGGGGCAACACGGUGAACGUGGCGAGCCGCAUGGACAGCACCGGGCAUCCCGAGCGCAUACAGGUGACAACCGACAUGUACAACAUCCUGGUUGCCAAGGGAUAUCAGCUGGAGUGCCGCGGCAUGGUGAAGGUGAAGGGCAAAGGAGAGAUGACGACGUACUUCCUCAACGAGGGGCCGCCGGGCAGCUAGCUGCCACAGCCAGAGACAGCCGUUCACACCCCCUUUUCCCUGUCUGCGCCGAGCUGAGCCAGCCCUACCCUUCAACACUCACGACUCGUACAGUGAAGGCCUACGUCAGUGCCGGGACUGCCAAAGUCAAAGCCAAGAUCAAGACUCGUAAGGGCGCGGCUGAGGCUUGGAUUUUUAAAUGUCCAGGCCAAGAAUAAGACUUCCAGUGGUCAAGGCUGGGACACCCUCAUAAGACAAGGCCAAGUCUGGGGUUUGUAUAAUUAGAACUGCGACCAAGACUCCAAAUGUCAAGGCCAAUGCUGGAGCUCCUUAUGUUUAAGCCACUAAAAGAGGCUCCCAAUGGACAAGGCUGCGGCUGCUGUAGCCAAGGCCAAGACUGCUAUUCCCAAAGUCAAGGCCAGGACCAGGGCUCUUAAAGUCAAGGCCAAGAUUGUGACUUCCAUAGUAAAAAGCAAGGAAGUGGUUCUUAGAGUGAAAGCCAUGGCUAAGAUUCCCAGAGUCAGUGCUAACGAUGAGGCUCUUAGAAUCACGGCUAAGGCUGUGGCUCUGAAAUGUCAAGGCUUAUGUCAAGACUUCUCAAGUCAAGGGCAAGGCUGGAAUUCUUAAGUCAAGGUGACAUGAAUGUGAUUGCCGGCCCCUGUUAGUGUAGCUAGACUGUAUCUGAUGCGGCUGGCAAGUCGACUGCCCUCCCCAGCAGGUGGCUCAAUCAUGCUGCAGGGAAUGUGACUGUUUGUAUAAUGGCCGCCUGCCAUUUCCAACUGUCGUGAAUCUUACACGGCUGACAUCGAAUAGAGUUUCUCCCUCUCUGGCAUCUUGGGGCUUAGCUCCCUAUACCUCAUGCAGCUUCUUAUAAAAACCUUGUGUACCCGUGUCACAACACAAGCACACGAUCAGCAUGCUCACUUAUCUCUACCCCCUUACCUUCAAUCCUGCUUCUAAGCGCCACCAAUUUCCCCAGCGUCAUAGUUUAAUCCUCCACAAAAAAACGCUGCAGAAUAUUUGUGAUGUACAAGUCACAUCACUUGUCGUUCGCAAUGGUGGCUUUCAUGGCAGUCAAUUUUACAUCUUUCCUUUGAUUGUACGUUGACUUAACUUCCCACCGAUUGAUGUAUUAGUGCUUGAUUUUAAUGCCUUUACCUUUGAAUAUAUUUAAAGGGGAAUUAAUGCCCAUUGCACUUAUAUUUAGAGCUCUAUCGGCAUUGCGGUUUGGUGUCCUUGUUGCGUUAAAUGUUCUCUUGCUAGUGCCGUGGACAUCCCUUUACAAUAGAGCAGCAUCAGCACACUCGGUGAAGUUUACUUUGCUGCGUCUAGACAUUCAAUUUAAACGAUCAUGUCUCUACCGCAGGCUUAUAACGGCCCGAUACAACCUCUAUGAUUCAUCACCACUGGUAUUCUUUUUUUUUAAGUCCAGGCUUUCUCUUAUCCAAGUUUAUACAGCAUUUUCGAAAUGCAGUGAGCGUUUUUUGAUUCUCAGCCUGGUUAUCGAUGGCUGUAUCAAGAAAGCAUAAUAUAUUUUUUCAAUGAAUGUGCUCCGUUCUGAAUGUUGGUCUUUGUAUAUUUAUAGUAUUUAUUGGAAGAUGGACACGUGGCGAUACCUUUGCACAGGGCAUUGAAGAUGUAGACUCCUCUUGAUGUGGUUUCCUGGUGGCACAUUCCAUUCAUCCACUGCUGUGUGAUGACUGCAGGCUUGUGUAGGGGUCACCAUUUUUGUCGCCUCAUGCCUUGACUCCAAUUAACACAACCGACAAACACAAUCAUUGGUGAAAACGUUUAAACAGAUUGUGCUGUAUAGAUACAUAAACUAAAUCAAUUUAAAUGUGCAGAUUAAUAGUGCCAACUUCACAAAGACAAAUAUUGAAGGGAAAUUAGAAGCAUAUCUGUGCAUGUGACAGACAUUGUUCCAUUUUGUAUGUUUAUCUCUUAUUAUGGAAAUAGAUUUGAGUUCAUUCAAAUUCCCAAUACGUGUAAGUUGCUUUUUCUUCUGUCAAGCGGUUUUUAGGCUGAGGCUUUGGCAUGGUUCAAGAUUGAUGUUCUAUUUUGAGAUGAUAAUUGACUGGACAGAAUGCUUUUGUGCAUAUUGAGCAUUGGGUUGUGGCCAGCGAAAGCUGGUGUGUGCACUGGCUUUAGACGAGGGUUCGCUACUUGCAAUGAGGUCAAACGAGAAACAUCUACUCUCUGCCCCUACUUUGUAUUCCUUUCUCUCUUACACUAGCUGAUCCACACCCAAACACAGUUCUUAACGUGUCUUUUGUCCUUUCACCUUAACUUUAGUUUGACGAUGUAAACUUUUAAUUAAUGCUCCUUCGGUUAGCAAGUGCGACGUUUUAUGUUUUACUUGCAGCAAUGUGAUCACGGUCGUGGUUGGUGUGGAAGGAAUUUCCCUGCCGCCACUGGGCUUCACUGGGCAUGGAACCCAUCGAGGGGAGGGAAUAGGGUCCGGGGAGGUAUGAGGAGCGGACAAUUAUAUACACUGCAGCAUUAUCCGAGGACCCAUCGCAUUCUGGACACUAGUCUGCAAAUGAAAAUUAGUGGUAUAUUCCCUGUUUAGCAUUGUAGAGACUCAAGUGCUGUUCGCAAAUUCCGAUUCAUAUAUUUAGGAAUGUCGUUAGGGGUUGGUGUGAUGAGCGCAAAUAAUGCCUGGUCAAAUGUUGUCUCCCGGCUAAUGUUGCCAUCUGUCCGGGUUUGACCUGUGCAGUCCAGGAAUUGGUAUCUGUGUUGUUCGGGCGGCAGGAAUUGAUUUGUACCAAGGUCCGGGAAACGAACGGCAUGGUGUUGAACCUUGUCGUACUGUGGCUGAAAAGUUCUGAUAACAGACCUAGGCUGGCUGAGAAAAUAUGUCCAGCUUGUGGUGAUGGUUGGAAAUCCCCCUAACUCCCAAAUGCUUUUUGUAGUAGGUGCUCAUGUUGACUGCACUGUCCCAACAGAUACUUUAGGCAGACUUGACCUAGGGGAGGUCCAGAACAGGCUCGGUUGUUAAUUGCUGAGGUGUGCCAUGGCCAGGAAUCGAACCCAGGUCAUCCAAGAUUGUAACUGCAUUGCACAAACCACAAUUCCACGACUCGAAGCAUACAGUAGUUACUGUAUAUAAAAUGCAUACAGUGUACGUACACUGUAUGCGCUUAUAAUAUACAGUGCUGUAUUAUAUAAUGUAGACAAAAUCUAUAAGUACAAAUUUAGAAAUACUGUAGAUAUAUAAAUUAUAUAUACUGUGUUGUGAAAACAUACAGUAUAUUGUACAUACACAACUUUAUAUAGUAUACUGUAUGCAACAAAACCUUAAUAUGUACUAAACUGUACAUAUAUACAGUGCGCAUUGCAGUAUCUAAAAUAGUAAAUGAGCAGAAUAUAAAAGUAGUCCGUAUCGUGUAAUGAAUCAAAUUAUUUAUAAGUCUAUUACACAGACACAUUUUUAAAACAAUAUAUUAACUCAAAGACACGUUCACUUUACGCCGUUAAAUUCCUCAUAUCCACAUUGGUGUGGGCGGGCACAUUUUUGCAAAUAGAAAUCUCCAUUUUGUUUUGGCACAACAUUCUAAGUCCACUUGUGCACAUGGUUUGGAAACUCCUUUUACAUAUAUAACAAACAAAAACAAAUGUCACGAGGAAUAACCAAAAUGUGUAAAACAAAGUAAGUAGAAAUGAACUCUUAUCCGCGCUGAUAUGGAGGAGGGCGCAAACAUUGACGAUCCUAUGAUUAUGGGAUUAUCAAAAAAUAUAGUCCAUUUAACAUGGACAAGAGCAGAUACUAGGAUGAAUUUAUCAAUGAAGUUACACUUAUCCGUAAAGAAAUUGCGGAUCAUAGUUCUGGAUUGCAUGACGUGGGGCAGAAAUGUGGAUAAUCGCAGAUAACAGAAAGAAUAUUGGUAUUUUUUCACCUGAAGAUGAUUGCUUGUGUUGCGAUCGAAACUUCGUGAUAUUAUUUUUCUAUCUACGUGGCUUUACCGAAAGACCCAUAGAAUAAAUAUUGUCACGGAUAAGAGUUCUACUGUGCACAUGUCAGGAUUUGCAUCUAAGGAGCUUUACUGUACUGCAAUAUGGUGCAUGACCAAAACAAAUACUGCUAAAAUGAAAAGGAGCUACUGUACUAAAUAAUCAAUAAAAAUUAUAAUUUUGAGGUUAUUAGAAUAUUAAACCUUCGUGAAAUGUGUUUAAUAGCAACAAUGUAUCCUCUGCAUUUGGGUUGUUUCCUGUUCUUGUCAUAACAUUUGGAGCCUUUACAUUACCAGGGGGACAGUCCAUUAAGAAUCAGUACCUUGCUAAAGGGGGCCUCGGGACAUACAAAUAAUUCAUACACAGAUAAGUAAGCAAAGUUAUAAAAGGUUUAGCGAAAGAAACAAAUAACGUAAAACUUGCCGCUAAGUGGAAACAAAUGCAUUGUAUAAGCUGACAAUUGAGAAAAAUGAUUUUAUUUCCGUUCACACUUCAUAAAAAAAAUUAUUCUUAAUAGUUUUUUUUACAUGAAAAUAAAUGAUCGACGUAACGAUUGUUUGCACUACCAGCAUCUAAAGCAUUGGUAUUUAUAAUCGUCCUUGCUUCAUUACACCUAAAAUUAAAUGUUUCGAUUAUACAUACAAAAGUUGUGGCCGGUUGUAGUUGUGAAAGUCCCCAGCCAACACAUAAAAAAUUAAUGAAUAACUAGAAAUAUUAAUCAUUUUUGGAGCCUUAUGUCAUUCCACUGUUGGAUGGAGGCCUCCCAAAUGCUGUGUUGCUUGCCUGAUGGUGCUUUGCCAAUGCUGGUGAGUGUGGGUUGAAGGUGGGGGGUGUGUGGAGGGAAUUUAAGUGAAGCCCUUGCUGGCUCACAGACAUCUCUCGCCACUGAAGGUUUGCUGUCUGCCCAGUAGUUAAACUCGAGCCUCCAGGUUCAUGGCAAAGCAUGCGAGCAACUUGGACCACCUCUACAUCACCCCCAUCUUGUACAACACUGCAUAGUAUUUUACAUAUGUGGAAUGAAAAGAAAAAAUAUUCCGGGAUUGUCUGAAAAUGUCGUCCAUUUACGUGUGAACUAAUGCGGACAAAAGCAGAUCAAAGAUGAAUUUGCCAGUGAACUUCAACUUAUCCGUGAAAAAAUCUUGUUUUUUUUUCUUCUUAUAAAUUGAUUGGUUCAGAUUAGGUUGCUACUUGCUUUGCACUAUUGUUUGCAAAAUAUCCAUGUCCAAGUGGAUAAUAGCCUCUGCGAUCGCAUACUGAAGUUGGUUCUGUACGCCAGCAUUAGUCUGCUCUGCUCACAAUUGGUCCUUAAGCCAGCAAUGCUCUCUGCGGCCACAUCGUUGUAUUCCGAGUAGGAAUCCGUUAGGUGAUGAAACGUUUAGGGCAUCCACAGUUGAUUUUGCGAGCAAGUCUGUGGCGUCCACAUGUGCAAUUGCCGCUGUAAAUGUCCACGAAGCUUUGCUUGUGCACCGUUGCUAUUGUAAAGUGUAAUAGUUAAAGAUAGCCUGUGCCUGAGCAGUUGGUACUGUGCGGUAAUUGAAUGAUAGACUAUGCGUAUGCACAAUUAUGGCUCCAUCAACGUGCGCACAGUAGUUGGCGUCUGUGGGUAACGAAAGUGAACGGUGGUUCACCGUUGAAUACGAUGUCGGGUUAAACGGCAGCAGCGGAGCUGUACGCUCGUACACGUGUCUGUCACGUGAACCCCACGUGAGUGGCCAUUGAGACCCCAUGAAGUCCCCUCGUCUCGAGAGGCCUCCCUCGCGAAGCGAUGCGGCAAAUACGCAAACAUGCCGGAAAUUCCGUUAAUCUGAAAUCAAUGUCGAGGUCGAACACAUUAGAUGCGUCAACAAUAAAUUAACAGUCAUGUAGCGUACAUUUGCAUGAAUGUAACUUCAUUUUCCAGUCAUGCACUCUACAUUUUAGGUGGAGAAGAGAAUAUAGUUAAAACGCAGUUACAGUCACAAUUACCAAGCAACGAAUUAAACUUCGCAUGAAAAAACUGUCAAGGAUUGUGAUAGAGUUGGACUAGAGGUAUUUAUAUACUGCUUGUUUGGCUCGUUCGUUCAUGGUUAAAGGGGCAAUGAUUUGGCUCCAGUUGGCCAGUGUGGUACAUCCCCUUCGCAGUACGCCUCGACACUCCAAAUUGGCAAUUACUCGAUUUUUGCUCACAUUUUUCACUUUAGACACAGUUGUUAAUAGAAGCAGACAGUGCUGCGCGUGCAGUCAGUCCUUGACAUUUAGAAAAAACCCAACAAUAAAUGUGAGAAGCGUUGACUUGACUUGAAAUUAUGUAACUGCAAGUGGCAUCUCGCUUGUUUCGUCAUGGUGUUAGGACACAAAGAGCUCAUGUAUAAUUGAGUGCAGCUCUGGUAGCCGAUUGCCUUUGGAUUACAAAGAAGACCUCAAUAGUGCAGUAAUACUUCCAAAAUUCAACAACUCCCAAAAACAAAUCCACAAGUUUUUUUGCAAUCGCAUUCACGGCCUUGUAUUUAGCAAUCACAAUCAUAACCUUUGUUCGGCAAAUCGCCCAAGGUGUGUUAUGCUGCUGCCUGCUAAGCCGCUUACCAAGAUUGCCACCCAUUGAUCUAUAACAGUACAGUCGUUUCAGAUUUUUGUAGAUAUCCCGAACCAAAAUGGCCACCUGUGAAUGAUCAUUGACUACAACUUUUCACAAGAUGGCAUUCCCGUGUACGUGCGAUAACGGCAUCAUGCCAUGGCCAGUCUUCCUGUAUUAUGGUAGUCCCUGAUUGUUGUCUUUGACUCCUCAUGCAGUUAAUGCCUUCAUCAUUUUCUCCUCCUCACCACACUAAUUAUAAUUGAAAUCAAGGGACCCUUUGUCUGGUCACACAUUCCCCUGCAUUUUGUGUUUUUUGCUCUACACUGAAAGCAAAGCAAUCUUAUUUUUCUUCCUAAAUUGUAUUUACCAUUGCUGUUAACUACUGUAAAUGUGUUGCUCGUAUACCUCGUUUUCUCGGACCUUGCUGGCUGUUCAUUCCCAAAAGCAGAAGCACAGCACCCAUUUUGCUUAUGCUGCCCGAUUCCCUGUCAAAACAUACGACACCACAAAAACAACAAGAAACAAAAAUCUUGACAAGGCUGGUGAGCAGCCACAACCGCUGAGUAAACUCUGCACGCGAGUUCUCCUGGACGGUUAUAACUACUCUGGCAAGCAGCUCUGGAAAAAGCCUCUCAUCCCUGCGGUCCACGCGUAAAAUUCCUCGACACAACCUCGAGUGGUGGCGCCAAGCACCCAAGUGUGGGCCUUAAUUGUCGGCCUCAAGUCCCAAAAAACGGACACUCCACUGCAGUAGUUUCAAUCACAAGUAACCGGCCCUCUUCGGUUCCCAUGCCCGGAUUCUCAACGGCGUCCACCGACUGGGGGACACAACAAUGACGGGGACUUGUUACCGCCGGCCGCCUUUGGGCUUCAACAGAGGGCUUUCCUGCCAGCAAAGUACGGAGGCCCUGUGGAGUACAACGGUGCGAUGUGGCAGUGCGCUUCAACGGCAAAUCACCCGGCUAAAUGUGGCACGCGUCUCGUUGGAUUUUUUUUAUUUUGUCAGGAGAAAGAAGGACGGACGUUUAAAAGUUUUUUUCUUCUAGGUCCUCCACAAUCGUUGCACAAAGUGCGAGUCUGAUUUGUUUGGGGGGAGGCGUUACUUGUUGGAAGUGUCGUGAGAAGCUACGAAAUGAAAUUGGAAUAUUUGUCAGCGUUUUUUUUAUUUGUUUCCAUUUUUUUGGUUUGUGUGCGUAUGUAUGUGUGUAUUGCGCACAACAAAAGACAUUGACACGUGGACAGUGUUGUGCAAGGAAAUGAAUAUUGCUCCCUACAAAGUGGCACUGGACUUGAUGAUUCAGUGAGACAAUGUGCCAAGGUAUUCCGAGAUGUUUUAAAGAACUCGAACGCAAAAAGGAAAAAAAAAACUUUUAGAAAAAAUAUAUAAAGAGAAGAGAUAAAAUAUAUACAUAUAUAAAUAUUAAGGAGUUCUAUUGUGACUUUUUCAUAUAAGAGAUUGUGGUCUUAAAAUGCUACUAAAAGUAAUUAUAUGAAGAAGAAAGGAAGAAAAUGAAGGAAGAAUGACGCGCAUAAAGCAGGAAGACUGAAGAGACUAUUGUGUUUAUAAUUUAUAUAAACGUAUUUAUUUGUGGGGUUUUUUUAUGACAAGGUUCACCUUUGUGUACCCAUAGUUCAUUUGGCCAUGAUGGACCCGUGUGCUGACUGCACCAAAAACCUACUUUUGUUUUAUACUUAGGACACACAAACAGUUCCCACACAUGUAAACGCAACGUACAAUAUUUAUUUCACCGCAAUUGGUCGGUAUUUGUCUUGCUUUUUUCGGCUUGCUGUUUUAAAAUUGUCGAUGGAAUAGGUGUCACUAUACGAACACGAUAUUUUCGUUUUUGCUGUAAACUAAAAAAAAGGCAUCGAGACAGCCGUGCUUUGCAAGAUUGGGUUUUUAUUGGUUUUGCAAAUUCCAUUUUUGUAAUACUACUGCGUAGGUUUCUGCGGUUUGUGCUCUGUAGCUCUCCGAUGUUUUUUUGGGUUGCCCUGCUUGUGGUUCGGCACGAUGUCCGACAUUUUGCUCCGCGUGCUGGGAGCAUCUUCAGAUAUUCAACACUUGAAGCUUCGAGCUCACGGAGGGAAAAUGACCGGACAUUAUGCCGAACACGCAGAGCGAAAUGUCGGACGUCACGCCAAACCACGCGCGGUGUAACUUGUAACCGCAUCAGAGAGCUAUCCGUUUUUGUAAUGUUCAUACACGAGUAUGGUAACCUGGGGGAGCAUCACAAUCUGCACCGUAGUGAUAUUUAGACAAGAGGAAAAAAGAGAAUUAUAUUUUGUAAAUGUAUCUAAGUGGCCGAGCACACGUGUUUCACAAGCGCGCGUAUAUAUUUUCGGAGAAAGUGCAUUAAUUGUAGGGUGUGGGUGUUGUAUUAUUGCUGCAGUCAUGUGAUGUCCCCCUUGAACCUUUGACCUUUAACCCUUCCCUUAGCCCCAACCAUCCACUCUCCCUUGCCCCCCCUCCUCCCGCCCCUGCAACUAUUGUACAAAUUGCUCCACAUAUUCAAUUAUAACUUGGCCCCAGCAGAAUUAAUCAGUGAAUAAAUCGAUACAUUAAUA